AUGGCUGGAAUAGAAGGUCACGCAAUCGGAAUUGAUCUAGGCACAAAGUACUCAUGUGUGGGAGUUUGGAAGCAUGAUAACAAUAAUGUAGAUAUCAUAGUGAACGAUCAGGGCAACAGGACCACGCCAUCAUGUGUUGCCUUCACUAAUACUGAGCUUCUGGUAGGAGAAGCAGCGUUUAAUCAGGUCGUGAGAAACCCCGACAACUCCAUCUUCGAUGCAAAGCGGUUAAUUGGCAGGAAAUUCAGUGAUACGUCCGUUCAAAGUGACAAGAAGCUCUGGCCAUUCAAGGUGGUUGAAGGUCCUGAUGAUAAGCCUAUGAUUUUGGUUACGCACGAAGGCAAAGAGAAACAGUGUGCUGCUGAAGAGAUCUCAUCCAUGGUUCUUGCAAAAAUGCGGGAGAUUGCUGAAGCCUAUCUUGGAUCAACUGUGAAGAAUGCAGUGAUAACGGUCCCUGCUUUCUUCAAUAAUUCACAGCGCGAGGCUACCAAAAAAGCUGGUAUUUCUGCAGGCCUAAAUGUGAUGCGUAUCAUCAAUGAACCAACUGCGGCAGCCAUUGCUUAUGGCCUUGACAAGAAGGCUGGUUGGUAUAGCAAGAGAAAUGUACUCAUAUUUGAUUUGGGUGGGGGUACUUUGGAUGUGUCACUACUUACAAUAGGUGAUGGCGUCUUUGAAGUGAAAGCCACUGCUGGAGAUACUCAUCUUGGAGGUGAGGACUUCGAUACCAAAAUGGUGAAUUACUGUGUUGAGGAAUUUAAGAGGAAGCACAAGUUGGAUGUCGGUGGAAACAUCAGAACUAUUAGGAGGUUAAGAAAUGCAUGUGAAAAGGCAAAGAGGAGACUUUCAUUUGCAACUACAACUGACAUUGAAAUUGAGUGUUUGCAUCAAGGUAUUGAUUUCUGUGUGACUUUUACUCGUGCCAAAUUUGAACAACUCAACAUUGAUUUCUUCAAUAAGUGUAUGGAGCCUGUGGAGAAGUGUUUGGAGGAUGCCAAAAUGGACGUAGGUAGUGUGCAUGAUGUCGUUCUUGCUGGUGGCUCUUCUAGAAUUCCCAAGGUGCAACAACUGCUACAGAAUGUGUUCAAGGGGAAGGAGCUGUGCAAGAGCAUAAAUCCUGAUGAGGCAAUAGCAUAUGGUGCAGCUGUUCAAGCUGCAGUCUUGACAGGUGGGAACUUGCAUGGCAAGCUUCAAGACUUCACACUCUUGGAUGUCACCCCUCUAUCACUUGGGGUGGCGACAAGAAAUCAUGUCAUGUCUGUUGUGAUUCCAAGAAACACCAAAGUACCAGUUAUGAAGAAGAAGAGUUUUCGUACUGCGUAUGACAAUGUAGUUGUUGUUCCGUUUACCAUUUAUGAAGGUGAGAGUAAAACGACCUUACAGAAUAACUUUUUAGGUGCAUUUGAAAUUGAGGACGUUCCUCCUGCUCCUGCGGGUGAAGCUAAAUUUGAUGUUUUCUUUGAUAUUGAUGCAAAUGGUAUCUUGAGUGUCUCUGCCGAGGACCUGUCGACCGGACAAAAGAAAGGGAUCAAAUUCAACAGUGAGAGAAGAACUUAUGAUGGAAUUGAGACUGUGAUGAUUCACCAUGAUGUGAAACUAGCAGAGAAAGUUGCAGAGCAUGUCUUUGAGCUAGAGCCAGAAAACACUGGGUCUACUUCUAGCAAAUAUUAUGCAGAGGCAGAAAAGUGGGAAGAGGUGAAGAAGUUGGGGGAGAGGAUUGAUCGGCGAGGUUUGAAAAAGAAUCCGGGCUGUAGUUGGAUAGAGAUCAAGGGAAAAGUUAAUAUCUUUGCUGCGAGAGACACUAAAUGA